AUGAGCAUGGUCCCACGAAGAGGACUCUCCCAAGACCGUGAUGACCCCGUUGAGACCCUGUACCGGUUGUUUGUGUACAGUAGCACUGAGCCAGAUACUCUCCGCCCAGUGGUGCGUCUGGUCACGUUUGAGCACGUUGUGAGCCCGAUCCAAUCCAAAGAGCAAGAAGUCGACUACGAGGUGAUGGUCAGGGAUGACGUCAAGAUGGCUCGCUGGGGCUACUGCAGUGGUAACAGGACUCCUAGUCAAGCGUCCUCCGUUACCUGA